AUGAAUUACAUUUUUUGGAAUUGCCAGGGCGCAGGUGGUAAGCCAUUCCUGCGCGCCCUCAAGUUCCUUCUAAAGUCUCAUAGGCCAAAGAUCCUAGGACUUUUUGAACCCAAGGUCUCCGGCGACCAUGAAAAUUCUAUUUACAAGAAGCUUGGAUUCUCGGAUUGGAUUAGAGUGGAGGCAGUCGGCUUAAGUGGAGGCAUAUGGAUUUUUUGGGAGACUCCAUUACGGGUCACGGUCUCAUACACUCAUCCCCAAUUUGUGUUGUUACAGGUGAAGGAGAGUAAUCAACAUCCGUGGUGGUUUGCGGCGGUGUAUGGUAGUCCUACACACCAUCUACGGAGACGCCUGUGGCAGGAUCUAAGGCGAUCCACACGUGGGAUUGUCGGGCCCUGGAUUGCAGCUGGGGAUUUCAACUCAGUUCUAUCAAAAAGUGAAACAAGUAACUAUUCUUCUUUUUCUUCUUGCAGGAGCUCAGACUUUGCAAAUUGGAUCCUAGAAGAAGGCCUGGUUGAUAUGGGCUUCUCGGGGCCAAAGCUGACUUGGGUGAAGGAUGGACACAGCGAUUUCAUAAAGGGAGCCCGAUUAGACCGGGCCUUGUGUAGCACAGAAUGGAGAGUGCAAUUUCCUGAGGCGUCAAUGACGCAUCUCGCCCGCUUCUCCUCGGAUCAUGCACCCCUCCUUGUCCGCCUGAAUGAGGACAAUAGUCGACGGAAGGAGGCCCCGUUUGUCUUCCAGGCAGCUUGGCUCACACAUGCAGAUAUUCAUAAUGUUGUGGCAAACGCCUGGGACACGGGAAAGACUUUAAUGGAAAAUACGGGCACCUUGGCUGCUACCCUGUCAACUUGGAAUAAGGAAACUUUUGGUAAUGUUUUCAAACGUAAAAAAACUCUUGCGUCCCGAAUAAGUGGUAUUCAGAAAUGCUUGGCGACUUCUUAUCACAAGGGCCUUGUCAAACUGGAUCUUAAGCUCAGAGAGGAACUAGAAGUAACUCUCCAACAGGAGGAACUCAUAUGGUUUCAGAAAUCAAGGGAAGAAUGGAUUUGUUUGGGUGACAGAAACACGGCAUACUAUCACGCUGCAACGACUAUUCGUAAAGCACGGGCUCCUGUCCAGGCGCUGCUCGAUGAUAAUGGGGUAUGGAUUACUCAGGACUCAGAACUGAAAAGCCAUGUUAGGAAUUUUUAUUUGAAUCUUUUCACGAAAGAUGCUCAGGAGGCUCCAGAGGCAGGAUAUUUUGCUAAUUUCCCAUGCUUAAGGCCGGUUGAUUAG